CUACUCGAUUUCUCAACUUCUGAAAAGGUACAGUCUUCCACCAAGAAAGGCAAUACGGUGUUCAGCAAUAAUAAAAAGCUUGUCAGAUAUUCUGUUAUUGCCUUUUAUUGUUUUAUUUUUGGUUUUGAAAUAAUCUACAAGCUGGCAAGGAGGGUAGGUAUAUUUAUAUUAAAUCCAUGUCAUAUUGCGACGAUAGUGCAAAUAUUGCUUCUCACAUUAGAAGUCGGUAAUCGUAAAAUGUGCUUCCUCUUUCGUUUUCAUAUUUAUUUAUUGCCCGGUGCACUGAUGGCUAUUGCAUUUCCAUCAGUAAAUUCUCGUGUGCUACCUGGUGAAGUUCUUGUGUAUUUUAUUCAGCAUAUAGCAAUACUCACUGUCCCAUUUUCUAUAGUUUAUAUCAAUGGUACUUUCUUGCUGGAAUCAUUUCAAAGUUCUGCGUGGCCUAUAUUAAGUUUUUCUAUCAUCCUUCUCUAUCAUUUUACUAUAUUACAACUUCUCGGAUGGAUGACAGAAGCAAAUCUGGGCUGCGUACUGUGUCCAGCAGUAAACGAUCCGUUCCAUGGUCGAUUCUAUCGCUUAGCUACCGUAAUGCAUCAAGGGAUUUUGAUUCCUUUGAUUGCGAAACUCUUUAACAUCGCUAUCAAAUAUGUCAUUAACGCUAUUUAUUCUAAUGAUUUACGCUAUUAUACAAAGAAGUGA